GGUGUUUGAUCGCAGUUCCUGAUGUCGUGUUGCGGCUGCUGCUGCUACACUGGCGCGAGCACUUUCUUAUCUAAAGGUUAACAUCUACUGUCCUAAUGUAUGUAUUUGCAUCUCAAUGUCAGGCCUCCUCUCAGCAUCUUCUGGAUGUCCAAAUACAAACUCUUCCUGCUCAGGCAUGGGGAAGGGGCCUGGAACAAGGAGAACCGCUUCUGCAGCUGGGUUGACCAGAAGUUGAGUGAGAACGGAGUGGUGGAAGCCCAAGAAUGUGGCAGGCUCUUGAAAGAAAACGGGUACCAGUUUGACCAGGUAUUCACCUCCAUGCUGAGUCGUUCUAUCCGGACCGCUUGGUUGGUGCUGGAGGCCAUGGGACAAGAAUGGGUCCCAGUCACCAAAUGCUGGAGGUUGAACGAAAGGCAUUACGGUGCCCUGAUCGGCCUCAAUCGGGCCGCGAUGGCAUUGAACCAUGGUGAAGAACAAGUGAAAAGGUGGAGGCGCAGCUAUGAUGUCACUCCACCCCCUAUUGAUGAGUCGCAUCCCUAUUAUGCUGAAAUUUAUAACGAUCGCAGAUAUAGUACGUGUGACGUUCCAAAAGAAGAACUACCCAAAUCGGAAAGUCUGAAGGAGGUGUUGGACAGACUACUUCCUUACUGGAAUGAUGUCAUUGUACCAGUGAUCAAGAGUGGCAGAACUGUGCUCAUAUCGGGCCAUGGCAACAGCUGCCGGGCGCUGCUUAAACACUUGGAAGGUAUAUCGGAAACGGACAUUGUCAAUGUAACCUUACCAACCGGAGUACCAAUCUUACUGGAACUGGAUGAGGAUCUUCGACCCGUGAAGCCCCGUCAGCUCCUUGGUGACCAGGCCAAAAUUCAGACAGCUAUCAAAAUGGUGGAGGAUCAAGGGAAGGUGAAUGCGGGAAAUAAGUAGGGACAUUCCUAUGGAAAAUGUUACUUGUUAAAGCUGUGCAAUUAUCCAAACAAAAAAGUUACUGACAAAGUGAUUUUUGUAUUAUGUUGUGAGGUUCUGAAUCAUUCUACCUGAAGAAUUAUAGCAGCAUAUAAAGUUUGUCCAAGGUCAACUGAUGUAAAUAGUGGUUUCAUAAUGCGUUAUAUAAGUCAAGCACUGGAUACUGAUGCAGGAUACAAAUAUAUUUUCUCAUGGCAUGAGGGAUGCAGACACUGAAAGUUUAUUUUAAGUGUACAUUUAAUGAAAUGUGCUGUUGUCUUUGUUUGCUCCUUUUGAACCUGUUUUGUAAUGGAUUUUAAACCACAGAAAACCAGUGGUGCCUUUCUCUUAUGGCAAAGGAGAUAAUCUAUUAUUCUGCCAUAUAUAAAAGCAAACCACAGCAACACAUGUUUAAGAAAUCUGUUGUCAUUUGUUCACCCUCAUGUCUUUCCAAACCUCUUUUUUUUCUGUUAAGCACAGAAGACAUUUUGAAAAAUGUCUCUGUGGUUCUAUGUCUGUACAGUGGAAGUCUGUGGGGGAGCUAAAAUUAUGUUUGCGUACCAGCGCUCUUAAAAUAUCAUUGUUUGUGUUCUUGCAAAGAAAGAUAGUCAAACAGGUUUGGUAUGACACGAGGAUGAGGAAACGGUAUAGUAAGUUUCAUAUUUGGGUAACCCCCCCCUUUACCAGUUUAGAAGAGCAAAUUCGUACCAACAAACAAUUGAGAUUGAGAACUUGUCCAUGCAGAUCCACAUGCAUGUGUCACAGACUGUCUAGAAUUACUUGGAUAUACAAUAGACACUCCCCGACUCUGAGACAGAUUAGGCACCAACUUUAAAAAGAAUUUUAUGUUUAAACAUUUUAUUACUCUGGUCAAGCGUAUGUUCGGGAAGAUUUGCCUCAUAAUAUUUAAAUUAGGCACAAUGUUUCAUUUAUUUGGUUCAUUUAAACUGCCGUAAUAUACUGUACAUUGUUAAAUAGCUUUGUAUAAAGUAUGUAAUUGGGCUGUAUGAACACUUUGUUUAACCUAUGUAUUAUGGGACAUAUUAAGUUAAUGUCUUAACCAAGUUUUAGUACCUUAAAACUAAAGAAUAUAAUAGUUUUUACAUUACACACUGUUACCCAGCCAAGUUACCAUUUCACCAUUGCUGUCUAAAAUGUGCAUUGCAAAAUCUGCAAUUUGUUUGUGUAGUGUGUUUAAUGUGUGUUUAUCACUGAACUGUAUGUAGUACAACUGAGGAAGUUUUAUAUGUUUGCCUAUUUUGUAAUAAUGUUCAAGUGUAAUGUGUCUAUGUUUGCUAUCCCGUCUGACUACUGUUAUGUAAUUGUUGGACAUUGUAGCUCAUUUUAUGUGGUUAUGCUUUGUUUCUCAAUACCUAGCACAACAGGUCUGCUGGUUAGUACAUACCUUCACUAAAAUGUAGGUAAAAUAUAUUUGCUUUGUUACGGUUACAUGUUGUUUCAAACUGAAUAAUAUAUAAAUAUAAAGCUUAUAUAUAUAUAUAUAUAUAUAUAUAUAUAUAUAUAUACAUAUACACAUAUAUAUAUAUACACAUACACAUACACAUACCACACACACACACACACACACACACACACACAAACAUGUUGUGUGAUCUAGUCUUUCAGGAAAGUAGCAGCAUCAUUGGAUUGCACAAGGAAUGUCGUGUUUAUUUUGUGAAACGCCUAGAGCACAAAGUAACCAGGAGGAGGUGCUACAUUGCAGAACUUACUAAGGAAACAUUCCUCUUGUGGUACAAAUGUUGAGGGCAGGAUCUUCAUAGGGUAUUUGGUUUCGCAGAAAGUACUAAUUACAAACAAAACUGGUUUUGGUAGUUUAAUGGAAGGUAGCUCUCCGCAAACUUUCACUAAACUACACAGUGUAAGCCUGAAAUUUACAUGGUAUGUUCUCAAACAAUAAAACAAAGGGAGGUGAUAAGUUCUUCAAUGUCUCUAUAAUGACUGUAUUUUCGAACUCCUGCUGUCCUGUACAGGUGUGUACAGAAUUAGUUUUUUACAUUUCAUGUUCACAGCAAAGCACACACAUACUUAAUCCCUUCAUCCAUGCUUCAAUGAAAAACAUUGAGUGUAUUUAGAGAUGUAGUUACUUUAGGACUUGACAAGACCGCUGUUUUUAUUUAGGCCUACAUAUGACAGAAAUUCUUCA